GUACAGUCCGACAUUUUGCUUUUCCGUGGGCUGUCCUUCAUUGGCAACAGUUUAGCAGCGUUCAGGAGUGCAUUUUUUAUUCAUAAGUGUAUUGAAAACCGGCAUCUAUUGAUCCACCAACAAUACAGUGGAUAUUGUGCCGAAGAUCAUCGCAAUCUCACAUUAAGAUGAGUUCACGAGGCAGAGGUUUCAAUUCCCGUGGGGGUGGGGGCAACUCGUACAGAGGCCGGGGGGGUGGAGACUGGAGUGGAAGUGGCGGAAGCGGCAGCCGGGGUGGGUUUCCAUCUUCGAGAGGUGGACGAUUCAAUAAAUAUUCUGGAGGUGGUUAUGAGUCCCGAAGCAAGUAUAAUAAUUCCAGCGGUGGAUCCGAUCGUUAUGGGAGCAGGGGUGGCCGAGGGGAUCACUCCAACAGCUAUAAACGUCCACGUGAUCAGGUUUAUUCAACUAGGGAUGACCACAGAUCCUCAAGUGAAACCAGUCGCAAGCGCGCUAGAAACGACUCCUAUCAGGGCGAAGGUAGUAGCAGUUCCCAGAGAUAUCCCUCGACAUACGGUGGUUCAGGCUCAUCCUACGACACAAAACGUUCAUCAUCAUCAGCCGUUUACGAAGAUAAAAGGCAGAGUGAUCGUUAUCAUCGUAAUGACGAACGUCAUUCAUCAGCAUCAAGGAGUUAUCCAGCACCACCACCACCUCGUAUCAGUGAAAUGGCACCACCCACUCAACGUUACAUCAAUUCAAAUCGUGGUAGAGUAUCCCAACAAGCCACUAAUUAUCGUGGUCGUGCAUCAACACGUGCUAGAGGUAAUAAUUUUCGUUCACGUACUGAUUUAUUGGCACGUAAACGUAAUUUGACAACUGCCAUCGACUAUCGGAGGAAGCUGUUGACAUCACACUCACGUGACUACAUUCAACGAGUUCGCAUGACCACCAAAAUGCGAAGGAGCAGCGGCGCGUCUAGGAUAUCCGGAAGUAAAAAGGAGGGAGGGGGUACCAUGAAGGACAAGGAUAGGGAGUUGGCGAAGGCCAUUAAUGCGGAAUUUUCGGAUGAGGAUGAUGAGGAGAAAAAUGCAGAGGAGGAGUGCUGGGAUGAGGAGGAAAAGGUGGAGCAGGCCGAGGAAGAGCUCAAGGAGAAGAAGCUGAAGGAGGCAAAGGUGAAGAAGGAGAAGAGAGCAAAUGCUGGACAGGAAGUGGAUGAGAACGAUGACGAGAAAGAAGAUGAAGUGGAGAUCAAAGAGGAGAAUCCAGAAGACGAAGUACUGGAUGAAAAUCGCCAAGAAAAGGGCGAAGAAGUGGAGUCUGCUGUCCUCCGCACCCGGGGAAAGCGUUUCGCAAAACUUCAGUGCCCCCACUGUUCCAUUCGAUGUGCAACAUUCAAAGAAUACUCACUCCACUUGCACUCGGAACGUCACAAUAUUGCUAUGCGACGAAUCGCCGCACGCCACAAGGCGAACAUAGCGAGAAUGCGUGUGGUCCAAAGGCAGGAGCAACGGAGGGUCGAGGAGAAGGAUGAGGAGCGUGGCACUCUUCCAUCGCGCACAAUGUUCUGUCAAAUUUGCAAGCUUAAUUAUCGAUCGCUGAAGGCUGUUCAUCAUCUCUCAGAAUCCCACAGGCAAAUGAAAAAAUUCUUGAUUCCAUUCUGUCGCAUGUGCCGGAUACAGUUUCGAUCGCCAAUGCUUUAUGAGACUCACGUGGCGUCGCUGGAUCACAUCAAGGCGAUGUUGCGAAAGAACGCUGAUGAUAAGAAGGAGAAUGGUGAUGGUGAGGAUGAUUCUAGUGCUGCUGAAGAAAACGAUAAAGAAGUCAAUCUUGAUAAUUUCAUGACGUUGGAUUCUGUUGGAGAUGUUGAUGCGGAAGAAGAUGAGGAAUCAGGGGAAAAGAAGAAGGAUCAACCUAGCGAGACAGCGAGUCAGGAAACCGAUCCUAAGAAAACGAAAACAAAGCAGAUGAUCAAAGUUGGAGCUGAGUAUAUUAAACGAGUUGAAGUGCAGUUCUGUGAGCUGUGCAAGAUAUAUUUACCUCGAAAUGAAAAUUCGGAAAGGGCCGUUGCCUUACAUUGCUCAACGAGGAGUCACCUCAAACGAUAUGUUCGUGACAACGACGAUAAAGCCCUGCGUCGUCAGGCGGAGCGAAUUCACCUGCAGACAUCAUCGACGGCAAACAAAACCCCAGAGCCUCCGGCGCCCCCUGUUCUCUCCAAAGAGACUGCUCCAAGUCCCCAACAGGCUCCAACCAAGGACACAUCAACCACCACUGCACCGGCUGAAGCAUCAAAUGAAACACCUCAGGCCCCUGAACAAUCUCAGCCAACCACUGAAUCAGAGCCUAUUCCUGAAACGCAAACCAACGAAGACGAGGAUGAUGAUGGCGAUGGUGACAAACUGUGGGACGAUGUUGACAAGGACUUGGGGGAUAUUCUCAGAGAAGCAGAGCCUGGAAAGUCCAGUGACGACGAGGACUCGCGUUACGAUCGUUUCAGGAAUGAUACAAAACAGAAUAAGGAGACUGAGGAGAUGACGAUUGACGGGGGAAAUCAGAAUUCAGAAGUGAAGAUCAAGAUUGAACAGCCUGAAAAAUGAAUCAGAGACUUGCAUUCUACUUCUUAAUUAAGUUGGGAGGAUGAAGAAAUUUUUUGUCCGGGCGAUUUGUUUGGGGAGGCGUAACUGUGCAGAGGAUAAUUUUAUGAUUAAUUUACUGGAGAUUUAUGCAAUGAAUUAAUCAUAAGAUAUCAAUUAGGAUAAAAUAAGAUUUUUUUUUAUUCAAUGAAUUAACAAAAAGAAGAGAAUGAAGGAUAAGUUGAGUUUGGGGGGGAGGGUAUUUGAUUUUUAUGGGAGACACGGAGGAGUUUUGUUAGGAGUUUUUGGGCAAAUGAAAUCAUAUUUAUGAUUUUUAAUCAUAUAAAUCUCUGGGAGAAACGACGAUUGAGGUAAUUUGUUUUCACCGAACAUCAGACCAUUUCAUUAUCAACAAAAUGAAAGCGGUUCCUGAAUUGCGUUGAGUAGUUUUUCCCGGGAUUCAACAGAAGUUAAGGUUAACUUUUCGGGAAUAUCUCUGAGUCUGAGCAGGAUAGCGACAUUUUUGUGAAAGCCUUUUUGUAGAGAAUUUUUGAGACACAAAAAUAUUCUGAUAAAAAAUUCGGCCAUCUCUUUAGAAUUUUGGGAUAUCCAUGAAAAACUGAUGUAAAAAAUUGCUUUUCAUUUCGUCACGUCGCUAGUUCAUUUUUUAACUAAAUAAAGUUCUCCCUGACUUCUUGAUUUGACGGGAAAUUUCUUCAUUCCAAUUGAUGAUCAAUUAUUCAACAGAUUCUGAUUUUUCCUUAACUUCAUCCACAAAUACGGAAACAUUCAAUGUCAAAUCAUGUAGAGCGCAGUUGUGUCAUUGGUAUGGAGAAAACGAACCAUUUUUUAGGAUUGAAUGAUGAAAAUUUAAAUCGAAUACCUAUGGUUCUAAAACGAAGUGAUGCAAGAGGCUUAAACAAUUUGAAGGAAAAUUUCCGAAGCCUGUUGUAUCAUUUCAUCAUGGGAUUCUAUGUUGUAUUUACAAUCCUAGAGAUAUUUUUCACGAUUUCACAGAAGGAUUCAGUUGUAUUAUAGCUUCACUCGAUUGUUCUAUUCUCAUUUUUUUUAGCAAUCUGUGAAAUAGGGGGGAGAGGAGGAUCUGAAGAGAAAAUGAAUUUUCAUACGAAUGACUUUCCUCUAUUGGAAGGAACAACUGAAACAGUAAACGUAUGCGUAAUUACUCACGAUGAAUAAAGAAUAUUUGUGGAUAUCCUGAUGGAAAUUUUUAAUUGAUAAUUGAUUGAAUUGAAUUGUCUAGUAUUUCACUUGUAGAGAAGUGGAGAGUUUGAAGGUACUACAAUAAGUAAGGUAGAAAUUCAAUUCCACGCUUUGAAGAUUGAUGUAAUUAAAUAAAAUUAUUCAUAUGUAAAGAAAAA